CAGCGGUGGUGGGGCUGCGAGCACGUUAUCGGCCCCCUCCGGGCGGGCAGGCAACUUUUUUUUCCGGAGCUCCUUCCCCCUUCGCGCGCGGCUUACACGCCGCCAGGGCGAGCAGCCAGCCGAGUAUUGUGCAAGUCGUUCUCUCGAGUCUAGGUGUUGUUGUUUGUUUUUCCCUUUUUUCUUUCCUUUUUCCCAGUUCACAGAUACCCAAGGACCGUCCAGUAAAACUCACAAUGGCUGAUCUCCCGACAACGUUUGACCGCCCGGUCCACAUUGCCGUCAUCGGCGGCACUGGCCUCUACAAGCUCGAUGGCUUCACCCCGAUCGCCCGCGUCAACCCAGAGACGCCCUGGGGCUUCCCCUCGGCGCCCAUCGUGAUCCUCGAGCACUCUGGCGUGCCCGUCGCCUUCCUCGCCCGCCACGGCGUCCACCACGAGCACACGCCGCACGAGAUCCCCGCGCGCGCAAACAUGGCCGCCCUCCGCCACAUUGGCGUCCGCAGCAUCAUUGCCUUCUCGGCCGUCGGCUCCCUCCAGGAGGAGAUCAAGCCGCAGGACUUUGUCAUCCCCGACCAGGUCAUCGACCGCACAAAGGGCAUCCGCCCGUUCACCUUUUUCGAGCACGGCCUCGUCGGCCACAUCCCCUUUGGCGACCCGUACGACGCCAAGCUCGCCGCCGUGGUGAAGAAGUGCGCCGCCAGCAUGGUCGGCGACGGCGUCGUCCUCCACGAAAAGGGCACCGCCAUCUGCAUGGAGGGCCCCCAGUUCUCGACGCGCGCAGAGUCCAACCUGUACCGCUCCUGGGGCGGCUCCGUCAUCAGCAUGUCGCUCCUGCCCGAGGCCAAGCUCGCCCGCGAGGCAGAGAUUGCCCUCCAGGUCAUCUGCAUGGCCACCGACUACGACUGCUGGCAUACCACCGAGGACGUCGACGUCGCCAUGGUCAUGAAGACGAUGCAGGCCAACGGCCAGAACGCCCGCCGCCUCGUCGCCGCCGUCCUCGACGAGCUCUGCAAGGAGGAGAACAAGGACGUCGUCCUCGCAAAGCACUACGAGGGCGCCAGCAAGGGCGCCGUGCUCUUCUGCACCAAGCCCGAGGGCAGGAACCCCGAGGCGGUCAAGAAGGUCGAGUACCUCUUCCCUGGCUUCUUCGACUAGGCAGGCAAACAAAUAGAUACCACGAAUAAUAAAAGAGGACCAUUUGACAUCCUGAACUAGAAACA